AGUCCUCUCUCUCCUCCUCGAGAAAUUUUUUUUUUUUAUCGUCGUCUCAUACUGUAAUUCUCCAGACCUAAUCCCACCGUACCACAACGAAAGCCUUGCCCUCUGUUCCAUAAAACGUGGCGCGCGGCUGCUCGGUUGCUACGUGCGACGGCUUUCUCUCGUCCCCUUCUCGCCAACCACCAAACGAAAGGAGCUGUUCUCCCCUCCUUACGCAUAGCCUCGCCAUGGGGAACUGCGGCUCCUCAUGCUCCACCUGCUGCAGAGGCCGCACUCGGGACGGUCUAUAUGAGCCAGUGCUUCAGGAGAGCGAGAGAGAGGCAGUCUCGGAUCUCCUGCAAUACCUCGAAAAUCGUUCCGAGGUUGACUUUUUCACCGGGGAACCCCUUCAGGCAUUGAGCACGCUCGUGUAUUCGGAUAAUGUCGAUCUUCAACGUAGCGCUAGUUUAACGUUUGCGGAAAUCACAGAGAGAGACGUUCGGGAGGUGGACCGUGAUACACUUGAGCCAAUACUUUUCCUUCUUCAGAGUUCAGAUAUCGAGGUACAACGUGCAGCUAGCGCUGCCCUAGGAAACCUCGCCGUCAACACUGAAAACAAGGUUGCAAUAGUCCUACUCGGCGGUCUUGCGCCGUUGAUACGACAAAUGAUGUCGCCGAACGUCGAGGUUCAGUGUAAUGCGGUGGGAUGCAUCACGAAUCUCGCCACUCAUGAGGAUAACAAAGCCAAAAUUGCUACGUCAGGUGCUCUGGGACCAUUGACAAGACUUGCUAAAUCCAAGGAUAUGCGGGUUCAACGGAAUGCAACGGGGGCUUUGUUAAACAUGACACAUUCAGACGAUAAUCGACAGCAGCUGGUCAACGCGGGUGCUAUUCCCGUCCUGGUAUCCUUGCUGUCUUCGGGGGAUGUGGAUGUUCAGUACUACUGCACAACAGCUCUCAGUAAUAUUGCCGUCGACCAGGCUAAUCGGAAAAAAUUGGCAUCAAAUGAACCUAAACUAGUCUUCUCCCUGGUUCACCUCAUGGAUUCGUCGAGCCCAAAAGUGCAGUGUCAGGCUGCAUUGGCACUCCGUAAUCUAGCGUCCGACGAAAAAUAUCAGCUUGACAUCGUCCGUGCCAAGGGCCUUCUGCCCCUUCUCCGUCUCCUCCAGUCCUCGUUUCUUCCCCUCAUCCUCUCCGCCGUUGCCUGCAUCCGGAAUAUAUCGAUACAUCCGCUCAAUGAAUCCCCAAUUAUCGAGGCAGGAUUCCUAAGGCCGUUGGUGGAUUUACUUGGGUCAACGGAAAAUGAGGAGAUCCAAUGUCAUGCGAUAUCGACUUUGCGAAAUUUGGCUGCUAGUUCUGACAAAAACAAGGAGUUGGUGUUGGAAGCGGGGGCGGUACAAAAAUGCAAACAAUUGGUUCUUGGUGUUCCCCUGAGCGUCCAAUCAGAAAUGACAGCGGCGAUCGCCGUGUUGGCCUUGAGCGACGACCUCAAGUCCCAUCUGCUGAACCUGGGAGUAUUCGAUGUACUAAUCCCCCUUACAGCAUCAGAAAGCAUUGAGGUUCAAGGAAAUAGUGCGGCCGCAUUAGGAAAUCUCUCCUCGAAAGUUGGCGAUUAUUCGAUGUUUGUACAGGAUUGGCUGGAGCCAGAAGGUGGUAUUCAUGGCUACUUGAAGAGAUUCCUUGCCAGUGGAGACCCAACUUUCCAACACAUCGCUAUUUGGACUUUACUCCAACUCUUGGAAGCCGAUGAUACCCGGUUAAAGAAUCUUAUCGGCCAAUCCACCGAGAUCGUCACAAUGAUUAGAAAUAUCGCGGAUAAGAAUAUCGACUCUGAUGACGAAGGGGAUGAUGGAGAAGGGGAGGUUGUUGCGUUGGCCCGGCGUUCUGCGGAUUUAUUGAGUGGGGGGAGUGGUACUUUCGGGAAGGCUCAGUAAAUGGAGGAUACCGGGCGAACCUCAGUGUUACUGGGUUCAUCGUUUGACUGGAUUUUUGAUGGGCGUUCGUUGGGAUAUUGACAUCGAUUCUCUUUGCGUCUGCGCGCUUAUUCUACAGGUGUCAAUACGUCUGUAUCACUAAGUCGUGUUGAGCAGGUUUAUGGGUCACGAGUUUUCUUGAUUUUUGCAAUAUGGUGUUUUCCGGUCGAGCGUUGGAGAUUCACAAGAUGGGUGCUAAAUUGCCACACUCAAAAACAAAAAAAAAAAAAAAAAAGACCUCGAGCUUUGCUGUUCAUGUUCAGGGUUUGAGGCAUCACUUUAUUCACAAGCAUACGGGGUUUCAACGGGAAUGGCUAUUCAUUUUUUUUUUAUAUCUAUAUCUGUUUUUAGUAGCUUUAUCUCAUUCUGGUCAGGAGCACUCGGGGCAGUUGUAAUUUGUACCUUACCUUUCCCUUUCCCCGUUACUUUUUCCUUCGAGUUUUCUUGCUCUAAUACCUAUCCGCUUUACACCUCUC